CAGUCUUUCCAUAUGGGGAUGGGGAAGUCUUGGCGUUGUGCUUUUUCUAGUAACUUUUGGACCCUUCGCUAUAUUUUACUUUGCAUUUUAUAUCCUCUGCUUUGUGGGUGGGGGUUUUGUGGUUACUCUUUUAUUUGGAAAAAGCAACUCAGAAAAAUACCUUGAGCAGUGUGAACAUUCGUUUCUUCCUUGUACAUCAGUUGGGAUCCCUAAGUGCAUAGAAGAAAUGAAACGUGAAGCCAGACCUAUUAAGAUUGACAGAAGACUGACAGGUGCAAAUAUAAUUGAUGAGCCUUUGCAACAGGUAAUCCAGUUCUCCCUGAGAGACUAUGUGCAGUAUUGGUAUUACACACUAAGUGAUGAUGAAUCGUUUCUUCUGGAAAUCAGGCAGGCUCUGCAGUAUGCACUUGUUCAGUUUUCUGCCAGGUCAAAGGAAACAGACUGGCAGCCUUAUUUCACAACACGACUUGUUGAUGACUUUGGCACUCAUCUUCGAGUUUUCAGAAAAGCUCAGCAAAGAAUAGCAGAGAAAGGCGAUCAGAUGAAAGAUCAAGCUGAGGAACUUGUAGAUACAUUCUUUGAGGUUGAAGUUGAAAUGGAAAAAGAAGUCUGUCGUGAUCUAGUCUGCACUUCUCCCAAAGAUGAAGAAGGAUUCCUAAGGGAUCUGUGUGAGGUUUUACUGUAUAUAUUGCUACCUCCUGGAGACUUCCAGAACAAGAUCAUGCGAUACUUUGUCAGGGAAAUCCUCUCCCGAGGAAUUCUUCUUCCAUUAAUAAACCAGCUCAGUGAUCCUGAUUAUAUUAAUCAGUAUGUCAUAUGGAUGAUUCGUGAUUCCAACUGUAACUAUGAGGCCUUUAUGAAUAUUAUUAAAUUAAGUGAUAAUGUAGGAGAGUUGGAAGCAGUGAAAGAUAAAGCAAGUGAAGAACUGCAAUAUCUUCGAUCUCUAGAUACAGCAGGAGAUGAUAUCAACACUAUAAAAAAUCAAAUAAACAGUUUAUUAUAUGUUAUUAAAGUAUGUGAUUCAAGAAUUCAGAGAUUGCAGUCAGGAAAAGAAAUAGAUACUGUGAAACUGGCAGCAAACUUUGGAAAACUUUGCACAGUCCCUCUGGACCAUAUUCUGGUAGACAAUGUUGCACUACAGUUUUUUAUGGAUUACAUGCAGCAGACUGGUGGCCAAGCACAUCUGUUUUUCUGGAUGACAGUGGAAGGAUACAGGGUUACGGCACAGCAACAGCUGGAGGUACUUCAAAGCCGGCAGAAAGAUGGAAAACAUCAGACUAAUCAAACCAAGGGUCUAUUAAGAGCAGCUGCAUUUGGAGUUUAUGAGCAAUAUUUAUCAGAAAAGGCAUCUCCGAGAGUUAAUAUUGAUGACAACUUAGUAGCAAAACUGGCAGAAACGCUGAACCAUGAGGAUCCAACACCUGAAAUCUUUGAUGACAUUCAGAGAAAGGUGUACGAAUUGAUGCUGCGAGAUGAAAGAUUCUACCCCUCGUUCAAACAGAAUGUGUUGUAUGUGCGUAUGUUAGCUGAGCUGGAUAUGCUGAAGGAUCCGAGUUUCAGAGGAUCGGAUGAUGGUGAAGGAGAAUCUUUUAAUGGGUCUCCUACUGGCAGCAUAAAUCUGUCCUUAGAUGACCUUUCAAAUGUCCCUUCUGAUGAGACAUUUCAACUCCAUGCAUACAUCUCAGAUACUGUCUAUGCUGACUGUGACCCAUAUGCUGUGGCAGGAGUGUGUAAUGACCAUGGCAAGACGUACGCACUGUAUGCUAUCACAGUCCAUCGGCGAAAUCCAAACAGCGAAGAGACAUGGAAGACAUAUCGACGCUAUAGUGACUUCCAUGACUUUCACAUGAGGAUCACUGAGCAGUUUGAAAACCUCGCAAGUAUACUGAAACUUCCUGGCAAAAAGACAUUUAACAACAUGGACAGAGAAUUUUUGGAAAAAAGGAAAAAAGAUUUAAAUGCAUAUUUGCAGCUUUUGUUAAAUCCCGAGGUGAUGAAAGCUUCUCCAGCAUUAGCCCAUUAUGUGUAUGACUUCCUGGAGAAUAAAGCCUACAGCAAAGGGAAGGGGGAUUUUGCACGGAAGAUGGACACAUUUGUAAACCCACUGCGUAACUCUAUGAGAAAUGUAUCAAAUGCAGUCAAGUCUCUCCCUGACAGCCUGGCAGAGGGAAUGACUAAAAUGUCAGACAACAUGGGUAGAAUGUCAGAGAGAUUGGGACAAGACAUAAAGCAAUCAUUUUUCAAGGUGCCUCCUUUGAUACAGAAAACCUAUUCAGAUCCUGACCAUUGCCGUGUUGCAGCACCAAUUGAUGACAAUGUGGAUGACAAUAUUCCGCUGAGAGUAAUGCUCCUCCUUAUGGAUGAAGUCUUUGAUUUAAAGGAAAGAAAUCAGUGGUUAAGAAGAAAUAUAAAAAAUCUACUUCAGCAACUUAUUAGAGCAACGUAUGGUGACACAAUUAAUAGAAAAAUAGUUGAUCACGUUGAUUGGAUGACAUCUCCUGAGCAAGUAGCAGAUGCAGUGAAACGCUUCAGAGAUGCUUUUUGGCCCAAUGGCAUUUUAGCAGAGACUGUUCCACGGAGGGACAAAGCUAUUAGAAUGAGAACAAGAGUGGCAGGGAAGACCAAAUUACUGGAGGUAAUGCCAGAUGAACUGAAGCACAUUAUAGGUGCUGAGACAACACGGAAAGGCAUUCUUCGGGUCUUUGAAAUGUUCCAGCACACUCAACUGAAUAAGAGAAUGGUGUAUGUAUUUCUGGAGAGAUUCCUAGAAACCUUGUUUCCACAAAAUAAGUUCCAUGAGCUCUUCAACAAACUGCAUUCACGGUCAAAGCAGAUGCAGAGGUAUAAGCAGAGACUACAUUCUUCUCAAGCGCCUUCCUUACAGAAGAGUUCAACCACUACCAGAAGGGUUUAUGUGUCUUAA